CAACAAUCAAUCUCAAUCGGUUCAAUAAUAAUUUGAAUCUCUUUUAUUUUUCUAUAAUGGAGUUUAAUGUGAUACUGCAGAAUUAAUAAAUGAAAAAAUUUUUUUUUAUCGAAAUUAGAGUAUAUUAAGCUAUUUUCAAUGAAAUCUUAACACGUCCAUUACAUAUAAAUACAGUUGUCUGGAAAAUAUACCAAAGUACAGACCCAUAUUUUCCCUCAAACAAAUUCCCAAUUAUAUACGUGCUAAAAAAAAAAAAAUGGACAAGAGAGUAUAUAGUAGAAUUCCAAAAAAAUCUGGCAAACUCACCCAAAAAAAAGCGAUUACAACCACCGAAGAGUUAGACAAAGCCCAAAUUAAAAAGAUUUUUGAUCUCUUCGAUUAUAACGGAAAUGGUGGUCUUUCCCUCGCUGAAAUUGAUAGAGCUAUUGUUGAACUUUAUCCACAUCUCGUAUAUUAUGACACCGCCAAGACUGACAUCAUCAAAGAGGCUCAAAAAAUCGCUAAAAAAUCAAAGGAUGGGUUUAUCAACUUUAAAGAUUUCAAUUAUUUUAUUGAUUAUCUUCAUGAUUACUGUGAGAAAGCAGUUAUCUCUACUAAAAAAUUAGACGAAGUUCAGGUCAAGAAGGCAUUUGAUUUCUAUAGUAACGAAGGUGUCUUACCCCUUGCCGAAGUAAACAAAGCCGUUUUGUUACUUUAUCCACACCUUAAAAAAGAUAAGUCUGCCAUCAUGCAGGCUUACAAUGAAAAAGUUCCUAAAUUUUCACAGGGUGAUUUUAUUAAUUUUAAAGAAUUUGAAUAUCUCAUCGAUGCUCUUCAUUAUUAUAACGAGAAAGCGGAAUUCACUACCAGAAAACUGAGCAAAAUUCAGGUCAAAAAGAUUUUUGAUGUAUUUGAUUAUAAUAAUGACGGUACUCUAUCUUACGGUGAAAUCAAUAAAGCUGUUGUCAUACUUUAUCCACAUCUCUCAAAAGAUGAGUCUGUUAUCAUGCGUGCCUACAAAGCUGCUGAUGUUUCACGGGAUGGCGUUAUUGAUUUCAAUGAAUUUGGACGUCUCAUCGAUCUUCUUCAUUACUACAAUGAAUUGUCCUGUAUAUUUAAAAGACUUGAUAUAGAUGAUAAUGGACGUAUUGAUUUUGAGGAAUUCAAAAAAGGACAUGAUUUAAUUGGAAUAAGUGUGAAAUCAAAUACAAUGCUAAAGGAGAAAUUUGAUGAGAUUUGUGGUAAUAAUAAAAAGCAUAUUCCCUUUGAUGAGUUCCUUGAUUACGCUGCCAAGAUAAAAUUGAUAUCUGAAGAUGCUCAAGGAAUUCAGAAGACUCUGGAAGCUCAAGAAAUUCCGGAACUUCUGGAAACCCUAGAAACUCUUGAGGCUCCAGAAACUCGGGAAAGGGAGACUCAGGAAACUCAGCCAAUUAUAUCUCAAAAAUCGGUUUCUCUCACAAAUUCAUCUUCGCAAAACCAGCGGUGGAUAACAUUUACGUAUUUUUGUUUAUUCUUUAUAGCAGGAGUGGGCAUCGCUGUUUCUCAAAAAUACUUAGAACAAUGUUAUGUUAAAUUAAUUUUAUUUUAGCUAUCACGUAAUAUAAAUCUACAAUGAGAUUAAUUUUUGUAUAAAUUAGAUUUUUGUAAAUAUAAUACAAUAUAAUUGACCAAAUUUAUAAUGAGCCUGGUCGACUUGGUAAAUUCAAAUUUAACCCGUACUGAUUUCAAAUUUGGUUCUAUACUUAGAAAUUUGUAACCUUCUUUUUUAAAAAAAAAUUUAUUCAAAAA